AUGUCUACUACUCAGACCAUCGAUGUUAGUCAAUCUGUUGUGCCCACUGUGGCCGACUCAGAGCAAGAUACAAGCGCCCAUGCCGCCCUCGCAACAGGCGGAUAUGAGUUCCCAGGCAUCCCAAAGAUCGAUGACCCUUACAAGAAGCGCCAGUGGCAGCUCGAGCACAUGGCUGGCGCAUUCCGCGUUUUUGCCCGCAAGGGCUUCACAGAGGGAACAAGUGGUCACAUCAGCGUGCGCGACCCAGUAGACCCAACGACCUUCUGGAUUAACCCGAUGGGGAUACACUUUGGCAUGUUGAAGGCCAGCGACAUGGUCCAGAUCGAUGCGAACGGUCAGGUCAUCGGCGGCAAUAAAACCGCCGUGAAUGCAGCUGGCUUCAUGAUCCAUAGCGCGAUCCAUCGUGCCCGACCGGAUAUCCAUGCUGCAUGUCACACCCAUUCACCGGCUGGUAAGGCAUGGUCGACCUUUGGCAGACCGCUCGAUAUCAUCAGCCAGGACACUUGUAUCCUCUGGGGUACGCAAGCGGUCUACAAGGCCUUCGGUGGUGUUGUCCUAGGGGCAGAGGAAGGCGUGCGAAUUGCCGAGGCGAUGGGUGACAAGGCGCGAAUGAUUGUGCUGCAGAACCACGGCCUUUUGACUGCCGGUGGAACCGUCGAUGAGGCAGCGUAUUUGUUCACGCUUGCGGAGCGCUCUUGUGAGAUUCAGAUUAUGGUGGAGAGUACUGGUCUUCCCAAGAAUUUUGUGGGCGAGGAAGAAGCUGAGCUCACUGCGAAAGUUAAUGCUGACCCUGAAACCCUCUACACUGAAUUCCAGCCCGACUUCGAGUACGAGGUCUGGAAGUCGAACGGAGAGUUGUGCAAGGCUUAG